CUGAUCGUCCGAUGGCUCAAGAGACUCAGAACCACACGCUCUCGGUGUCCGGCUGGGCUGCCUACGACUCCUCCGGCGAGAUCAAACCCUAUACCUUCAAACGCAGAGAGAAUGGCGUGAACGAUGUGACGAUCGAGGUCUUGUACUGCGGAAUUUGCCACACCGAUCUCCACUAUGCCAAGAACGAGUGGGGCAUCACCAUGUACCCUGUUGUCCCUGGGCAUGAAAACGGGGUGGUGAUUAAGGUGGGAUGCAACGCGGGCAAGUUCAAGAUCGGGGACCGUGUUGGGGUGGGCUGCCUGGCGGCCUCCUGCCUCAAGUGCGAGUUCUGUGCCGACUCCCAGGAGAACUACUGCGACCAGAUGCAGUUCACGUACAACGGCAUCUUCUGGGACGGCUCCAUCACCUAUGGUGGCUACUCCAACGUCAUCGUCGCCGAUUACCGAUAUGUGGUGCGCAUACCCGAGAACUUACCCAUGGACUCGGUGGCACCACUGCUGUGCGGAAUCACGGUGUUCAGCCCGCUGAAGGACAACGGCAUGCUGGGCUCGCCGGGUAAGAAGAUGGGGGUGGUGGGGCUCGGCGGGCUUGGCCACGUGGCGGUUAAGUUCGGGAAGGCGUUCGGCCACCAUGUCACGGUCCUCAGCACAUCCCCAUCGAAAGAGACAGAGGCCAAGGGGCGCUUGGGUGCUGAUGACUUCAUUGUCAGCACCAAUUCUCAGCAAAUGCAGGCCGGGAAGAGGAGCCUGGAUUUCAUUUUGGACACGGUAUCGGCUCAGCACUCUCUUGGGCCCAUCCUGGAGUUGCUCAAAGUGGAUGGAACUUUGGUCACGGUGGGUGCACCUGAUCAGCCCCUCGAAUUGCCUCCCUUCCCUCUAAUUUUCGGUAAAAGGAGUGUCAAAGGUAGCAUGACAGGAGGGAUGAGAGAUACGCAGGAGAUGAUGGAUUUGUGCGGCAAACACAACAUCACUUGUGACGUCGAGGUCAUCGCCCCAGACACGAUCAAUGAGGCCAUGGACCGCCUUGCCAAGAACGAUGUGAGAUACCGGUUCGUGAUCGACAUCGCGGGGAGGAUAUCGAAUAUUUGAAGAUGGUGUGAGCCAGGCUUGGAGCUUAUCGGAUACAAAUCACUACUCCCAUAAUUGCAGACACUAGUUAUCUAUAUUUGUCUUUGCCAUCUGUUGGCCUUUCAGUCGUAAUCAUUCACCUCAUCCUAGUCAUUCAUCCUACACUUUUAGAGCUUAUAUUGCAACAAGCCCUUGUCCGAUUUUCAUA